AUGGCCCAGGGCUAUAAAGGUGCCUGUAAAGACUGCCUUACAGCCCAGGGCUGUAAAGUUGUCUGUAAAGACUCCCUUACAGCCCUGGGCUGUAAAGGUGUCUGUAAAGACUCCCUUACAGCCCUGGGCUGUAAAGGUGUCUGUAAAGACUCCCUAACAGCCCUGGGCUGUAAAGGUGUCUGUAAAGACUCCCUUACAGCCCUGGGCUGUAAAGGUGUCUGUAAAGACUCCCUUACAGCCCUGGGCUGUAAAGGUGUCUGUAAAGACUCCCUUGCAGCCCUGGGCUGUAAAGGUGUCUGUAAAGACUCCCUUGCAGCCCUGGGCUGUAAAGGUGUCUGUGAAGACUCCCUUACAGCCCUGGUCUGUAAAGGUGUCUGUGAAGACUCCCUUACAGCCCUGGGCUGCAAAGGUGUCUGUAAAGACUCCCUUACAGCCCUGGGCUGUAAAGGUGUCUGUAAAGAAUCCCUUACAGCCCUGGGCUGUAAAGGUGACUGUAAAGACUCCCUAACAGCCCUGGGCUGUAAAGGUGACUGUAAAGACUCCCUAACAGCCCAGGGCUCCCUGGGCUGUAAAUGUGUCUGUGAGGACUCCCUUACAGCCCUGGGCUGUAAAGGUGUCUGUAAAGACUCCCUUACAGCCCUGGGCUGUAAAGGUGUCUGUAAAGAAUCCCUUACAGCCCUGGGCUGUAAAGGUGUCUGUAAAGACUCCCUUACAGCCCUGGGCUGUAAAGGUGUCUGUAAAGACUCCCUAACAGCCCUGGGCUGUAAAGGUGUCUGUAAAGACUCCCUAACAGCCCUGGGCUGUAAAGGUGUCUGUAAAGACUCCCUUACAGCCCUGGGCUGUAAAGGUGUCUGUAAAGACUCCCUUACAGCCCUGGGCUGUAAAGGUGUCUGUAAAGACUCCCUUACAGCCCUGGGCUGUAAAGGUGUCUGUAAAGACUCCCUUACAGCCCUGGGCUGUAAAGGUGUCUGUAAAGAAUCCCUUACAGCCCAGGGCUGUAAAGGUGUCUGUAAAGACUCCCUUACAGCCCUGGGCUGUAAAGGUGUCUGUAAAGACUCCCUUACAGCCCUGGGCUGUAAAGGUGUCUGUAAAGACUCCCUUACAGCCCUGGCCUGUAAAGGUGUCUGUGAAGACUCCCUUACAGCCCUGGCCUGUAAAGGUGUCUGUAAAGACUCCCUUACAGCCCUGGCCUGUAAAGGUGUCUGUGAAGACUCCCUUACAGCCCUGGGCUGCAAAGGUGUCUGUAAAGACUCCCUUACAGCCCUGGGCUGUAAAGGUGUCUGUAAAGACUCUUUUACAGCCCAGGGCUGUAAAUGCGUCUAG